AUGAUCGCCACCAUCGACAUGGAGAUCCAACCCAUGAAGAAGACAUUCUGUCUACUACUCUUUCUACCUAUGUUCUACACGACAGCCCACCCAUUGAUCUAUCACCAUCACCAUCCUACAAUUCUCACUGACAAAGCAGCUCUCCUAGCCUUCAAGGACACCAUGACCCAAGACUCUCAAUCCAUUCUUGCAGACUGGCAAAAUUCAUCCAAUGUCUGCAACUUCACAGGUGUGGUGUGCAACCAUCAGCACCACCGUGUGGUGCAACUCCUACUCAACCGUAGCGGCAUUCACGGCCCGCUCUCUCCAUUCCUCGCCAAUCUCACUGGGCUCCUCUUACUAGACCUAUCUGAAAACAACCUCGUGGGGCUCAUACCUCCAGAACUGGGCUCCCUAUGGCGCCUCAACGAACUCAACCUCUUCGGGAACCUCCUCCACGGUCUGAUCCCUGAUUCACUUUCCCUCCUUUCUGGACUCUUUUAUCUAGACCUCAAAGGAAACCGUCUGACAGGUACCAUCCCCUCAUCGAUCUUGUACAAUUGCACAUCAUUAGGCUACGUAGAUUUCUCUGAGAACGCCCUCCAUGGAGAAAUCCCACCAGAGAUAGGAAACCAUCUCUCCAACCUAAUGUUCCUCCAGCUAUAUUCAAAUAAUUUGAGUGGGAAACUCCCUCCAUCGCUCUCAAAUUGCACCAUUUUGAAAUGGUUGGAUGUGGAGAACAACAGACUUUCCGGUGAACUGCCUACCGAAACCGUCAGCAGAUUGCCACUCCUCGAACUCCUCCUCCUAUCAAAUAACCUUUUCACGAGCCAUGAUCACAACACCAAUCUUGCCCCGUUCUUCAAAGCCCUUUCCAACUGCACUCACCUACAGGCCAUCGAACUGGCGGGAAUGGGCCUUGGAGGCCAAUUGCCGACCACAAUCGAUCAGCUCGGGAUCUACUUAUCAAGCAUAUAUCUCCAAGACAACCGGAUAUUCGGGUCGAUCCCACCCACCAUAGUCAACCUCUCCAAUCUCACGGUGCUCAACUUAUCAAGUAACCUCCUAAAUGGGAAGAUCCCAGAUGAGAUAGGCCGAUUGCAGAACCUGCAAUGGCUAAUCUUAUCCAACAAUUCGCUGAUCGGCCCAAUUCCACCGUCAAUCGGACAGAUUAAUCUGUUGAAUCAGCUUGAUUUAUCAAAAAAUAGAUUAUCGUUCGAAGUCCCGGGUAGUCUAGGAAACCUUAUCUUCCUCAGUGAUCUUUUUCUUCAAGAAAACAACCUUUCAGGAAUCUCACCUUCUAUAGGAAGGUGCAAGUCCUUAAACAGGUUGGAUGUAUCUUUCAACAGAUUAACAGCAAUUCCUAAAGAAAUAUUUGGACUAACCCAUAUGGGAAUUUUCUUGAAUCUUUCACACAAUCUUAUAAAUGGGACACUGCCAUUAGAGCUUAGCAAGAUGGAAACAGUCCAGGAGAUUGAUCUAUCGUCGAACCAUUUCCAUGGCAGCAUAUUCCCUCAGCUAGUGGGCUGCAUCGCCGCUUGCAUGAUCAAUUUCUCUCAUAAUUUGCUCGAAGGAAAGCUUCCCGGUACGUUAGGAUUGCUUCGGAACCUCGAAUCACUCGACGUCUCCUACAAUUCAUUAUCUGGAGAGAUCCCAGUUGGGCUCGGGGGAUCUGUUAGUCUUGUUCUGCUGAAUCUCUCAUAUAACGAUUUCAAUGGACCAAUACCCACGAGCGGAAUGUUCACAAAUUUCACCUAUCUCUCGUUCCUCGGCAAUCCACAUAUAUGUGGGUCGAUCCCCGGUGUGCCAGUUUGCAUGAAGAGGAAAAGAUGGUUGAUGUGA